GUAGAAAUGUAAGAGUUUUGUUUAUUUGAAGGUAAAAAUGAUCACUGGUGUUAAGAGCAAUGGGUGCAGCAUCUCUUUCAGGUCUAUGAUCAAAAGGAAAUACCAUAGUCUCAGUUUCUUCAUGGAAAAUAAACCCUUUGCACACUACUAUAAACACAUUAGUUACUAGAGUUCUAUUACAAAUGAAUGCUUCCAUUAACAAAUUUACAAGUGAUUGGUCCUUAUCCUGCUCAUGUUUACUCAGAAGAAAUUUGUUUUGGUAAGAAUUAUAAUGUGGGGAUGGUACCUUGUGUUCAUGAAACCAUUUAGAAUGGCUAAUGAUGUGAACAGGCAGUUUUCUGAUGUUUUGUUUUUGAUACAUGAACUACUUUUUGUCUGACUUCAGCAUACAGGUGUUAUAAAAAAGGAUGUGCUCACCUUUCCUUGAGUCAUUUUACUGAACAUUUUUCAGAGACCUACAAUAGGGACAACAGGCAAAAACUUAGUCUAACAUUAAAAUUUUCGAUGGUUAUCUUUGAGCACAGAGAGUGGGAAUACAUUAUAAAGCAGAAAUGCAGAUGGUGUUAUGAUUGUGUUACUGGCUGCGGGUUAGUCAAAGGAAAUAAAAGAACUCUGAAAACUUCAUAAAGUGGAAAUCAGGAUAUUUUAAUGAUGGCAACCUCUGCAACAAAAGAUAUUUGAGUAAAUAUUUUUCAUAAAUACAAUCUUUUUCUGACUAUAGCUUUCAUAGCUGGAACUCAUCUCUUUUAUCUCAAAAAUAAUUUUAUACAUCUAGAAAUUUAAUUUGAUGCCUCUCUUAUUUCAGAAUUAUUUGGGGGUUUCCGUUUGGCAGACACUGGUUCCUCCACCCCUACUGUUUGUCUCCCAGUUUCGUUCACCUUCUUGUAUUACUAAUGAAGGUGUUGUUAAGAGUCUCCAUUAUAAGCUGCUUUUGUCUGCUUCGUUAUUCAGGAAAGUUCCUUCAUUACAUUUAUAUUCCAUAAUGAUGCAGAGCUGUAGGAAUUAGGCCUAUUCUACAUGGAUGAAUGUGUAGAGGUAUCAGCAAUACACCCAGAAUUAUUUUAUGGGGUAUUAUAGGGUGUAUUAUGGGAAUAAACCAUAGCCUUUAGAUGAAGAAAUGGGUUCAUUAAACACUGACUGCUAAAACUGGGGUAGGCAAGGAUUUCUGUUGUGAACGAGCCAGUAACUGUUUGAUUGCAAGUGGGCGUCACAAGCAUGUCGCUAUGAAGAUAUGUGCCUGGGCGUUACAGGCACCGAGUGGCUUAUCGCCCCGGUAGACCUGGCAGCCAGAUGCCUUCCGCGCGCACAGCAGCGCCCGGCGAGUGCCCCAAGUAGCUGCAAAUACCCCAUGUCGCAGCAGUUUAGAGCAAGGGCGAGAGAGGAAGGAAAUAUUUCUGUGAGCUCUGUGUUAGGAGAGAAGUCAUUAGCCUUUUUUGACGAGAUAAUGAUGGAAAAUAGCAUAAUGAGAAAAGAGGGAAAAUAGGGAGGAAUAAUACAGGAAAAGGGAGACGUUAAUGACCUUAAUGGAAGCCACGUAACUGUUUCCUUCCACAUGCACAUCAGAUGCUGCUGCCUUUUCUUCUAUGUGCUUUUGUCUGCCAACAGGAGUCUCUUUUUCCUUAUCCAGACUGGCAUUCACUUUGCUUUUGUGCAGAUCCCUACUUCUUCUGGAAAGUCAGAAAUUGGAGAGAGUGCAGAUUAUUCCUCUGUGGAAAAGAACACACCUGAAAGUGACAAUGAUGAAGUUGAUGGCAACAAUAUAUGUGGUUUCAGAAAGAAAAAGGGAGGCAAAAGUCCUACAAAGUACGUUCCUCCUUUAGAAAAUGAGAAGAUGGAGCUGUCCCGCACCUCAAAGCCCCGAGAUCCCUGUGCGCCUCGAGGAACCGCUGUUUGCUCGGAACCACCAUCAGACCCGUCUCUUCAACACCCGGCUAGCUUUCCUCCAGUACAAAAGGACCGAGGGGGUCGUGACAGUUCCCGUACCGGCAGCGACGUGAAAGAAGACGUGUCUGGAGAAACACGACAAAUCCAGGAAAAUGCUGACACCGGGAAAAGAGUAAUAGGAAAAAUGCAGAAGGAAAUAGAUGCACCGGCUAAACCGGAGCAGCCCACGGGCAUGCAGCCCGCCAGGGCCGCAGGGAGAGCCGGGUGCGCAGAGGCGGCGAGCCGGGCGGAGGGCGGUGAGAAGGCAGAGAGUAAGCAAGAAGAACGGGGUGGGAUGGCAAAAAAAGAUGUCAAGUUUCACGUGACGAAGACGGGCUCGCUGGGCGGUACUGUAACGACACAAGGAAGCGGUACUGCAGAGUCCUGCGCCGGGGCACCUGAGAUUUCUAAGCGAAGACUGCAAGAGCUGAAAAACCUGCUGAGUGAAGGUCCUCCGCCCGCUCAUGGGCCCAGUUACAGUGGGAAGGCAGGCGGCAGUUUUCCUCAGAAAAAUUCGAAGCCCUGGGAGAAAGCAGCUGACAAGCAGGGCCGACCCUUUGAGACUUUUGGUCCCCAUUUUGGAGAGGAGAAUCGCAAGUACCACGGCUUCCACAGGGAGGGAGCGGGGCAGCAGAGCAAACCUCUCCUGGUCCUCAGCUCUGCCGGCUCCGACCAGCAGCAGCCGGGGGGCAGUGACGUGGAUCAGCUUAUCCUGGGACUACCGGCACCUUCCACGCACGCGGAAAGCACGGCUCCCGAGGUUCAGUUUGACGCCUCUGCAGGCCACGCCGCGUCCAGCAGAGAGCCUGAUGUAAACGGCCUCGGAAGUUCGACUCUCCUUCACCUGUUCUCUCAUAUUGAAUUUAUUAAGCAGCAGAUGGCCAGGGACAACGUACAGUUUGUCAGAUUUGAAUCAAUAGACCUCCAUGGUGUGUCAAGAUCAAAGAAUGUUCCUUCUCGGUUUUUUCACGAGAAGGCAAUUCAUGGCGUUGCCAUGCCCAGAAGUUAUCUUGAGCUGACGCUGAAUCCUAAAGACAAUGAAUUAGAUUACAUCAAUGCAACCAAUUUUAAUUGUGACAUAAUCCUGAACCCUGAUUUAUCAACGUUUCGAAUACUACCCUGGACUGAGCAGACUGCAAGAGUGAUAUGUGAUUCCUUCACCGUGCUGGGCAACCCGCUAAUGACCUCACCGAGGCACAUUGCCAAGAAACAGCUGAGCCAGCUUCAGGACAAUGGCUUUUCUCUGCACUCUGCCUUCACUUAUGAAUUUUGUAUUUAUGGCAUUACUGAGGUUGUAAAUUCGAAGACAAUAUCCUUUCCUGCAGCCACAAUACUAAAUAACCACGACCAGACUUUCAUUCAGGAGCUCAUUGAAGGAAUGUAUUAUGCUGGUGCCAACAUUGAAAGCUUUUCUUCUUCCAGUGGGCCUGGGCAAAUGGAGAUCACUUUUCAUCCAGUGUUUGGCAUAGAUGCUGCUGACAGUGCCUUCACGUUUAGAACAGGCAUUAAAGAGGUGGCUAAGAAGUACAACUACGUGGCUAGCUUUUUCUCAGAAUCGGGAUUCUACAAUUCAGGGGCUCUGUCACAUAGCCUGUGGGAUUUGAAUGGCCAGAAGAAUUUGUUUUCUGCUGGUUAUGGAGUUGAGGAGCUCUCAGAUAUUGGAAAAAAUUGGUUAUCAGGUCUCUUGGCACACACAGCAGCUAUCAGCUGCUUGAUGGCUCCUACCACCAGCUGCCGUAAGCCUUAUUCUAAAUACAGUAAAGAAUCAAAAGAGACUGUAAAUGCAAAAUGGGCAUAUAAUGAUAACAGCUGUGCCUUUAAUGUCAAAUGUCAUGGUGGCAAAGGCACUCACAUAGAGAAUAAAUUAAGUUCUGCUACAGCAAACCCCUACCUUGUGCUUGCUGCUACUAUUGCUGCGGGUCUGGAUGGAGUAAAGAGAGGACUUCGGUAUGAUGAUAUGCUCCAAGAAGAAAAUUACACUGCUGACCUGAAACAUUCAUCAGUCCCGCUGAAACUAGAAGAUGCUCUUCUUGCACUCGAGAAGGAUUCAUGCAUUAAGGAAGCAUUAGGCGAAACUUUUAUCCGAUACUUUGUUGCUAUGAAACAUUAUGAGUUAGAAACUGAAGAAAUGGAUAGCGAAAGGAAUAAAUGCCUGGGCUAUUUUAUUUAGAAGGAGCACUCUUCUGUAGUGAUGCUGUGUAAAUGCAUACGGUGAAUGGCUAAGAAUCUUGAAAUUAGUAAAUAUAUUUAAAAAUGUUUUUAAUGCUUUGGGAUUUUUUCCCCCCUCCUUUGUAUAGUACACGGUGAUUGCAUUUUAUUGUCUGUGUACAUUCAGGAGAGUGCAAAGAUGAUAUUCAUACAAUAACAUUAACUGGCUUUUAAAAAACAGUAUUUUUUUCAAUUUAAGUGAACAGAUCUGCUGAUGCAAAGAAGAAAAGAGGUGAAAUGGAGAAGAGAACUGUACAACUGUAAUAGGACUGCAUAAUGUGCAGAAAAGUAGGAAUAAUGGGGAUGGUGCAGGAGGGCGGGUAGGAGAACUGUGGAAGGAGGGAAAUUUCUUGUUUGGCACAGUUAUGGGAUUUCUCCCAGCCUAUUCAGUAGCUGAAGGGUUGCUAAACCAGAAGAAUGAGUUUGAUUUAAAACUUAGGCUAGAAUGGUGAACAUUGUGGAGAGAGGGGCAAAGGACUGAGGCUGUAGAACCUGAGAGUCAGGGGUCAGUAUCUUAAUGGGCUUAAAUAAAAAGACAGGAGGGAUUAUAAAAUAAUCUAUACAUCAGGAAUUCUGCUGCUGAAUGAAGUUUGCAAGAAUUAUAGUGGAGAAAAACACGAAAAGAAAUCAAAUGGUGGCCUGAAGAGGGAAUGAUCCAUAGAGAGCCAGGAGUGUCAGGCUACUGUGCAAUAAAAAAGGAGCUGGUAUUAUGUCUCUUUUGAUAGUUAGUGGGUUAAUUCAGAGUUGAAUGGCAAAUGAGGAAAAAAAAGGGCAAAGAAGCCAGAGAAUUAAGAGCUUAAACUGGACUUUAUUGGGAAACGUGAUGUUAUCAAGGAUGAGGAAGACGACUGUGAAGAGAGGAACAGAAAGAGUGGGUUAAAAGCAGAAGGAACGAGUGAAGAUGUGAAUUCAGAGACUGGCCAAUAGUGGUUAAAACAGAGGAAGAGAAGACCCAUCCUAAAAUUAGAAAUGGCAGCUGGUGUAAAGAAAAAUAAAGUUUUUGGAAUGGCAGGAGGUGGGUUUUAGAUUUGCUCUCUGUUUUUGUUGCUGUUGCCGCUGUCAUCCUUUAUUAUUAACGACAACCCUCGUUUCGUACUCCACCUCCACAUUAACAGUGAUUUCUGAUGUUCUUUAUCUUGUCACAAUAUUUUCAUCUAUGUGUAGGAAUUUGUGAGUGAAGGUGUUUGGUCAUCAAUGAAGUGAAAACAAGAUUCAGCCAAUGCCUCUGCCAACUUGCAGAACUAGAAGGUGUGAACAGAAAUGUGCCUACUGAUGGAUCUUCCACUCUUCCCCUACAAAGUAUUGUACUUGAAAUGUAGCACCUGGUACGCUAAAACUUUUUGUGGGAUUCCAAAGAAGAACUCACUUUAUACUCGGGUAGCAAGAGGAAAUAAAUAAUCUAAGGAAACUUGCUAAAUGCAUUCCCUUGUCUCAGUCUGUGGUUGGUGGGUGGAUUUGCUUCUCUCCCUUACUUUACUCACCUGGCACAUUUUUUUGGGUACCCCAGAUCAUGGGACUAUUUUUCUUUGCUCCAGGCUGAUUUACAUUGGGCAGGUCUAGACUUGCAUUUAAGCAGAGCUUCCCAUUCUGAAAAAACGCUUCUCUUUUGCUGCCCUAGCACUUCUUCUGGGGCUCUGGGAAUCUGUCUGUCUUCUGACCUGUCUUCUCUUUCUGGUUAUUUCCCACUCUCAUCCUCACAAGCUCUUGGCAGAAGACACCCAUAAAAGUCCUUGCUCAGACAACUUACUUACCAUAGUCAUUAUUUAGUCCCAGCAGUCACACAGGUUAAUAGCUGUUCCUUGGUUCUUCAUCUGGCAAGGACGUACUAAAGCACAGCAUUGCAUGUAUGAUGUGUGUUAAUGUGACAGGAUUUUUGUAUGGUAGUAAAUACACUGGCUAAGCCAAGCUGUACCAGAAAUGGCUAUGGAACAUGUAUUAAGCUUCUGCAGGCAGAAUGAUCUUAAUUUUAGAGUUUAUCUAGAAGUUGAUCUUGAAAUAGAAACACAUUCCCACACCAGAGUUUCCAAAAUCCAAUUUCAGAUCCGUAUCUCCUUUUCACAAAUUAUUCUUUGAAAAUAAAGCAUAUUAAACAAAACAUAAGUGAACUCAGCAUUCUCGGUGAAAUACAUUAUAAAAGUGAGUUACAUUGCUCUUUCAAUUCUUUUGGGGCUUGGAAAGCUACUCUGGCAUAACACUGACCACAUUUCCAAAUGGAAAUCUCAGAAGAUAUGUAGGUUCACUUUCUGGAUUGUACUUCUGGACCUGCUUAUAAGGAUGGCAAAAUGAAUGAAAGAAUGAGACAAAACCGUGUAUUUUUCUCUUCAUUUUAUAUAUAUAUUUGCAGGAUGUCAUGGUGCUUGCUAUGCCAAUUUUCAAACAAUUUUUUGUGUGGCUUUAUAAGACACUUUGUGGUUUGUCUUGGAUUCAUAAUUAUCUGUCACUGUAUACAGUCACUUUUAAAGAGAUAAUACAUAAUGAAUUUCCAUAACUGGAUUUGAUGAACAUGAAGCUCAUUAUAUAUAUACUA